AUGAGCUCUUCCAUCGAUCUGGCUCCCUUUCAAGGGUCGUAUUUCAACCAGUUCUUGCAUUCCCAAUUCCGUACGAAGGCGCCCUCCAUGACCACAGAUGUCAGCGGCCAGACGGGUAUUAUCAUCGGCGGAAACGGCGGUGUUGCUUUUGAGGCAGCCCGUAUCCUGCUUGCACAUAAGAUCUCCAGGUUGAUACUCACCGUACGCAACCCCGCCAAGUUCGAGAAAGAUGUUGCUCCCUUGAGAAAGGCCCAUGCCUCGUCUCGGAUCGAAGUGUGGCCGCUUGACCUGCUUUCGUAUGACUCGAUCAGGGCCUUUGCUCAGCGCUGCGAGACACUUGAUUCGAUCCACUUUGUCAACAUCAGCGCAGGCGCAAUAAUCGGCAAAUUUGAGAUCAACAAGCCUACCGGGCACGAAACGAACUUUCAAGUCAACUAUCUCUCCGCCGUCUACCUUGCAAUGCUUCUCCUUCCCAUUCUCAAAGGUAGACACCCCGCAGGACGUCCAAGCCAUCUCACCAUGGUCAGCUCGGGACUCAUCUACGUUGGCGCGUUCAACGAGCAGAAGUUCGAGCGCCUGUUCGCGGCCUUUGACGACCCCAAGAACUUCGCGUUCCCGGGCAGCGACAGGUACACGACGGCCAAAAUGAUGCUGCUCAUGUUUCUGGUCAGGGUCAAGGACUGCGUGAGCCCGGACGAGGUCGUCGUCAACGUGGUGGACCCGGGCUUCAUGCGCAACGGGGGGCUCGACCGGAACGUGCACUGGGCGCUGAGGCCGCUGGGCUCGGCCUUCAGGGCCGCGGCGGGCCGUUCGACGAGAGAAGGAGCGAUGACCUACAUUGACGCCUCCGUGCUGAAGGGAAAGGAGUCCCACGGGAGUUUCUUGUACAACUGGACCGUCGCCCCGUUCUGCAGGAUGAUGUACACUGCCGAGGGGAGGAAGCUGACGGACAGGGUCUGGGAUGAAACACUGCAAGAGUUUGAAUUCGCAGGAGUUCGACAAAUCCUGGCUAGCAUGCAGGGCAAGUCGCUGUGA